UCAUGUUUUGGAGAGGAACGUUGGGUGCGUUCCCGGAGCAACAGGGAAGAUGGCAGCCCUCACAUCUCUAACCCAGUUGUCAAGUGGGAACCCUGUAUAUGAGAACUUUUACAGGCAGGUGGAUCCUGGGAAUACAGGGAGAGUAGGACCAACAGAAGCUGCUCUUUUCUUAAAAAAGUCUGGACUCCCUGACCUUACUUUGGGAAAGAUCUGGGAUUUGGCUGAUCCUGAUGGCAAAGGCUACUUGGACAAACAGGGGUUUUAUGUGGCUCUACGACUGGUUGCCUGUGCUCAGAACAGUCUGGAAGUCAGCUUGUCCAGUCUCAGCCUAACAGUCCCUCCUCCGAAGUUUAAGGACACCAGCAGUCCAUCUCUAAGCAGCACAGCCUCUGUUCCUGGUGAAUCGCACUGGGCUGUCAGGCCAGAGGAGAAGAAUAAAUUUGAUGGGAUUUUUGAAAGUCUGGCUCCAGUCAACGGCCUGCUGUCAGGAGAGAAAGUCCGCCCAGUCUUAAUCAACUCCAAGCUACCUCUGGAUGUCCUUGGGAAGGUUUGGGACCUGAGUGACAUAGACAAAGAUGGCCAUCUAGACAAAGAUGAGUUUGCAGUGGCCAUGCACCUGGUGUACCGGGCCUUGGAAAAAGAGCCUGUUCCUGCACUCCUCCCCUCUGCUCUCAUCCCUCCAUCUAAGAGGAAGAAGAGUCUCAGCUCUGUGGCCAGCUCUUUACCUGGACUGCCUGCAAGCCCUCCUCCACCUAAAGAUUCUCUACGUUCCACACCCUCCCACGGCAGCAUGAACUCACUCAACAGCACUGGCAGCCUGUCACCCAAACACACACUCAAGUCUGGACAGCAUUCAGUGAACUGGGUGGUCCCUGUGUCAGAACGUGGCCGCUAUGACGAUAUCUUCCUAAAGACGGAUGCUGACAUGGAUGGUUUUGUCAGUGGACAGGAAGUAAAGGAGAUCUUCAUGCAAUCUGGACUUUCUCAGACUCUUCUUGCCCAUAUAUGGGCUUUAGCAGAUACAAGGCAGAUAGGCAAGCUGACCAGGGAGCAGUUUGCCCUCGCCAUGCAUCUUAUCCAGCAGAAAGUCAGUAAGGGCAUUGAUCCUCCACAAGCCCUGACUGCUGAUAUGAUUCCACCUUCUGAAAGAGGCACUCCACUACCGAGUAUGUCAGGAUACAUUACUCCAGUGGGAUCUGAGAUGGCUGCUCUGUCAGAAAUGAGGCGGGCCAUAAUGUUCAAGUUGUGGGACAGCUCUAGUUCAGUGGGUUCAGGAGAGUUCACUGGCAUCAAGGAGUUGGAUGACAUCAGCCAGGAGAUAGCUCAGCUGCAAAGCACUCUUGCCUAUACCCAGUGGAAUACUCUCAGGGAGAAGUACACUCUUGAGCAGGAUAUCAGGGAAGCAGAGGAGGCUAUCAGACAUAAGAGUGCCGAGGUGCAGGAAAUGCAGAAUGACCUGGACAGAGAGACAACCAGCCUGCAGGAGUUAGAAGCUCAGAAACAAGAUGCCCAGGACCGGCUGGAGGAGAUGGACCAGCAGAAACACAAAUUAGAAGACAUGUUGAAUGAAGUCCGGAUGAAGUGCCAGGAAGAGUCUCAGAUGAUCUCAAGCCUCCAGACUCAAAUCCACUCCCAGGAAUCAGACUUGCUAAACCAGGAAGAAGAGUUGAGCCGGGCCAAGGCUGACCUGGGCCGGCUGCAACAAGAGGAGAAUCAGUUGGAGCAAAGCCUGGCCGCAGGCAAGAUUCAACUAGAGACCAUCAUCAAGUCUCUGAAAGCAACCCAGGAUGAGAUCAAUCAGGCUCGCAGCAAGCUGUCACAGAUUCAAGAUAGUCAACAGGAAGUGUCUAAAAGCAUUGAGCAGUACAACAGCACCUUGAAUGGAAACCAUGGAGGCAGCAUGACCAACUUGGCUGACAUGAGUGAAGGCUUCAGUGACCGAGAGAAUGGAGGAUUUCCAGCCAUGGUGAGAGCAGUACAGGAGGACCCAUUCAAAGUGAAGCCAUCUGUGUUUAACAGUCAACCUCAAGGGCUUCCCACUGACCCCUUCCAGUCUGAAGACCCCUUCAAAACAGACCCAUUCAAAGGUGACCCUUUUCAGAAUGAUCCUUUUGCAAAGCAGCCACCAGUACCCACAGAUCCAUUUGGAGGAGACCCCUUCAAAGAGACAGAUCCAUUCAAGGCUUCAUCAGAAGACUUCUUCAAGAAAACCACAAAGAUGGAUCCCUUCUCCACACCAGACCCUUUCAAUAAAAGUGCCACUUUACCCUCCAAGCAACCUACUACCUUCACAAGCAGUGACCCAUUUUCUUCAAGCCAUCAAAAACCUAAAGGAUCAGACCUCUUUGGCACACUGGACCCGUUUGGCAGCAGUUCAUUCAACAGCAGUAACACUUCUGUUGGAUUUGCAGACUUCAGCCACAUGUCGAAGUCCAGAGACCCUUUUGAAGGAAGGGCCACCUGGCUUCCAGACUACCAGAAGCCAGUGUUUGUGGAUGACCCAUUCAGCAGGAAGAAUGACAUGCCGGCUCUGCCUCCAAAGAAAAGUGUUCCCCCAAGGCCCAAGCCACCCAGUGGUAAGACCACACCAGUGAACAUGACUGGUUCAUCUGACUCUUCCAAACCCUGUGAUCCUUUCAAACCAUUCAGUGGCGAGGUCAUUGACCCUUUUCAGAGUAAAAAGGGCCUGGGAGACCCAUUCAGCGGCAAAGACCCUUUUGUCUCAUCCUCAGCAUCAAGACCUGACAAAGUCAAGUUCGGAAACGAGGCUCAGCAGUUAGAAUGGGCUAAACGUGAAAGCGAGCGUGCAGAACGUGAGCGGCUGAAGAGACUCAGACAGCAGGAACAGGAGGACCUGGAACUGGCCAUUGCCCUCAGUAAAGCAGAGAUGUCCAAUGCAUGACCUGGAGGUCCCACUACAUGUGAAUACUUGUAUAGCCAUAGUGAGGCUAACCUGCAGACAAAGGUGACUGACUGAAAUAUUAAGACAUGAAACACAUCACUGAACUAAUUACUGCACACACACACACUCACACAGAACUCCACACUCAGUGACUUUAUUGGAUUGGAAGAAAACAAGAAACUUUCAGACAAGUUUGGAUGAUGGCCCUGCAAACAGAAAAAAAAAACAGUAAAACAGAAUUGUGGGUUGCAAAACAUCAUUGAAAAACGGGUGCUGACAUGAAGAAAAGGGGAACUGAAAUAUAAAGACGUGGAAAGAAAGCUGCUUGGUAGAAAGAGUGUACAGGCCCCAUAGUAGCUACACGGUAAUGUUGUUUUACCUAUAAGGGAGACUAGCUAAUCGCUGCACGACAGUUUGUAUCACUUCAUGUUUCUUUGUUUUGUUUUUUAAGCUACACUCACCAUAUGGAAACAAACCUUGCUGUCCUUAACAGAAGAGCAGAUCGCCUUUUCUUUUGUUGUAACAAUCAGCAGCAAAGAAAUUGCCCCUGUAAUUCUCAGAAGGGACUUGAAAAUUGGUUGUAUCAUUUAGUUAAUAAAAUUACAUGAUGUAGUAAGUACGUCAGUUAAUAUUCAGUGCUAAGCUGUGCUGCCGGUGGAGUAAUGCAUAGAAUGAGGUUUAAAUUCCCAUUUGGUAUAGAGAGGCUUAAAGAAAGGACUGGAUUGAACAGGGUUCAGGACUUCAUUUAUUUCAUUCAGUAAUACUCAUUAGGGGAGGGUUUAAAAAAUCGAUUUCCCCGAUUCAAAUCGAUUUUUGUUUGAAUAAAGCGAUAUCGAUUCAUUAAAUCCUGAUUUUUAAUUAUUUUUAAGUAUUUUGUCAGAAACGCCAAAAUCUCAGCUUAACCCUGGAGAACCCAUGGGGUCAAAUUUGACCCCAUGGUUUCCCUAGAAAACCAAUGGGGUCGGCUCUGACCCCAUGGGUUCUCCAGGGUUAAAGCUCACAAAAUGACUUCAACAACCACAAAACAGCAAAUGAGAGCAGUUAAACGGAUUCCGCGAAAAGACGUAAACACAAAGCGCGGAUCGUUCACCCGAAGAUCUGCGCACAGACACGCCGUCAGGUGCUGAAAACAAACAGAUUCUGAAGUCGCAGGUUUUGGCACUUUCCGACCAAAAUUCACUGAUAGGCAGCAAAAAAAGAUCAAAACUAUGCUUCACGUGUGAAAAACAUCGUUGUGAAUUCCCUCUUACUUUACAGUUUUGCUUCCACCACGAUAAAAAUCACACUUCCUGCACAGCUCUCUCUCUCAGUCUAUUUCAAGAACAGUUUCCAAUCUGAAAUCUGUUUUCAGCAUUAUGUACAGUUUUAUGUACAGUGCUGUCGAUCGCUGUUUUUUUUUCUCUGUAACUUUGCUCUGCUUCACUUCAGCAGCAUCAGGUAAUGUUUAUAUGCAGGUUCAUGGUUUUCUUCCAUUUUUGUUCUACUACAGAAUAUUUUUAAGGCGGUUAUCUGCUUUAAAAAGCCAGGCCAGGAAAAUCUCCUUCAUGCUUUUCUGUGUUUUAUCCUCAGUUACUUUGACACAAAGGCAUCUGCUGUGAUGCUUAUACCUUUGAUGAAGUGUCAACUUUUUAUACAUAGAUAUAAAAAUAUGGAUACGUAUUAAUGAAUGAUCAGAACUAUAAUAUUUCUGACUGUCUGAGUCGAAACUGAAUCGAAUUGAAUCGGGGAUCGAAUCUGGACCUUCUGAGUCAGAAUUGAAUCAAUUAUAGAAAUGAGUGACGAUAACCGGCCCUAAUACUCAUUAAAUAUUCUUUUAAGGCCAGAUACUUACACUAACAAAGACUGAGAUAAGAAGUGAAAAGAUCUAUAUUAACAGUAUUUUUAAACUGUAUUUAACCACUUUGUUUCAAGCUAGACUUACGCCAGUGCUUCAUUUUUCCUCAUGACUCCGGGUGAGCUUAUAUCUCCAAAUAUCAGGAUUUAGAGAUUAAACACUUUAACCAGAUAAAGAUUCAGGCAAUCUGGGAUGCCAAGAGCCUUAUUAUCCAAUGGUUCCACUGUAUAACAAUUUUAACAGUAAUACCUUCAUGAAAUAUUCCUUCUGUGUGCUACUGAAAUUCAAAGGCCUCAAGGAACCGCAGACAAUAUUAUCUUUUCAGGUGUGUGCUGUAGUCCCUGAGUUUAAAUGGCUUCUCUUGUGAAUUUGUCUUUUAGCCCCCAGUUUAAAUGUGACAUAAUGUGAAAACCCACUUUACUUUGUGUUGUGCUUAUUUAUCAUAAAGAAAUAAAUAAUACACAGCAGGGGAAAGAGACUGAGAAUAGGGUUGGUUUUUUUCUUUGGUACUGUUCUGCCUUGAGUCUGUAGCUUAUAUGUUUCUCUUUUUCAGUAUUACGUUUGCCUCCCAUCACAGACGCUCCCUUCCUCUGGCUCAUCAAUUCAGUUUAAAAAAAAUCUUUUAGCCUGGCAGUGUUUAAGGUACAAUGUUUAUUGGCUCUUAUUCACAUUAUGGAAAAUGAAGACAUAAAAGUAACAGAAGCUGAGGGAAGCAUUAUGCACUACAUUGGUUUCCUCUAAUGUGAUAACUACCUAAUGAAUGAAAAUAACUAUGUCAGGAUAUCGACAUAUUCUUUGGAGUGAGAGUAACGUACUGUAAAAAUAUAUUUUCCGUUAUCAUGAGUGACGUCAUCGUGUAAAGAGUCCUCUGCACUGACCUGUAGUGCUUUCUUGCCGUCUCUGCGGUGUAUAUAGACAGAGCCUAUGCCUCUUCUUGACAGCUGUACUGACAAUGAUGUGAUAUCAUACCACAUCCAGCAAAUGAAAUAAAAGAUGAGGGAAUUAAUUUUCCAUAUUUCAACUAGUCUGUUUUUUAUUGAUUAUUUUUUAGAAACUGAUGGUUACAGCACUGUUUUUAGUUGAUGACUACAGAACAGCAAACACAAGUUGCAGAUAGAUUUCUGACUCACUGGAAACUGGAUAUUGAAGAGUGCUAAUUCUUAUGUGACAUAGUUUGAUGUUCCAUAACAACUCACUUUGUUUAUUUUAGGAGUUGUCUCUUUACUUGAACUAUCAACCAAUGCUUAAGGGAGACAGAAAUAAGUUGUUUCUAGAGUUUUGUUUUGUUUUUUAUCUGGAUUUAUUUUUUUUAAACUGUCCCAAAAAACAGAUUUCAUUGAACUUAACUUCUGAGCUGUUACUGCAAAGCAAAGCUUACUGAUGUGAUCUUUAUACUGUAACACUGCAUUGGAUGCAAUCUGAUGGAACCUAAAAAUAUUUCAGUCAUUCUGAAAUCACUUCAGAUUUGUUGCAAUUUAAUGAAAAUAUAAACUCCUUCUAAUAACAGAAAACACUGGCGUACAUUCUGCUUAACUUGAAGUUUAAUACAUAAAAAAAUGUACUGAAAUGUCCAGGUUGCGUCAGAUUUCAGUCCAAAACUAUGAUGGGAUGGUCCCAAAUAAGAGCUGGAGGCGUGUAAAGGCUGUGAAAGUGGCUUUGUACUGAGUGAUAUGACAGAAUGACCUCAAAUAAGUGUUACACUUGCUUUUCCGCUCAUCGCAUAGAAAAAAAUUGCUGGUACUAAUGUGGUUACUUUCAUGACUGCAACAUUGAAUUGUUUGUUUUUUUUCUUCCCAGAUGUCUGACAUGUUGAAACCACUUUCCAGGGGGGUCAACAUUAUAUAAAUCCUUGUAAUGUGAAUUCACCAAAAAUAGGAGUGAAAAGUGAAGUUAAGGUUGAUAAUGCACCCCUGAUUCUGCGAGUAAGAAGUGUAAACUGCCUCUCUCAGCUUUUUUUUGUUAUGUUUACACAUCAAGAGUGUUUCUUUUACUAUAGCUGUUACUGAGUGGUGUCCUUAGUAUGUGAUAAACCUGCUUUCAUCUACUUCUCAGUCAUAAAACACAUGUUGGCUUUUAAGUCUCUGCCGUGAAUAGAAGCCCCCUCGUGUCCGUCCGUUUUCUCAGUUUAAAUAAAACUGUUCAUGAGCUUCUACGCGCCAGCAGGUCGUCAGCUACACACUUGUUUUCACUGCAAUAUAAAAAGUUACAGUUAACUUAAUUGCUAUCGAGUAAAAAGCUUAUAGUGUGGUAUACUAGAAGUUGAAUAAAAAGCUAUGUGUAUUAUCUAAAAGGUGCAGUAUGUUCAAUACCUUACUGCAGAAUUGUUUUUCACAGUGGCUAGUGGUGUUACUUUUGUUUGUUAACCAGAUUUCUUUAAUUCUUACAGCACAUUGACAUCAGAUCAAGCAUGUAUUCCAAUAGCAGUCACCUAACAACUCAUCUAUACUAGCUUGAGAAGCAAUGUGAUCUAAGCUUCUUGCUUGAGGCAUCUCUAAACUUGUCACUGCUAAUUGUGACAUAGUAGUCUAACUGUUUCGUUAAGGUGAUAUCAUAGCAAGAAUGUUCAAAUCUCCUUUGAGCUGGCCCCUCACAGGUGGAGUUUGACUUUUCGGCUUCCUGCCACAGUUCAAAGACAUGGUUGGUUUGACUUCAACAUAGGCUGUGAUUUUCACACAAAUAUGCUUCAUAACCUAACAUGCUGUAUACCACUGAGGUCACAAUGUGGGAGAUUUGCAUGUGGUACUGAGCCUGAAAGAAGUCUGUAUAGAUACAGCUAGAGGACUGAAGCUUUUGCUGUUCUUCUUAUAACUAUGUGGAACCCACACUGGCUUAAGUGCUAUAGAAGUUUAUUUUUCCCAGAACUAAAGAGAGUGUCCUUUGACUGAGUGUGUAUGUGGAUGGCUCAGCUGAAUUUUGAAAGCAAAACGUGGAAUCGUUCUGUAUAUUAUAGGGCAGGGAGGUGCGUUAUCUUUAUAGCACAGCUGACAUUCUAUGGCAGUGUAUAUACUUCAACAAGCUAGGAUGUGAUGUAGGAAACAGAGGGACCUGUGAUUAUGCCAACACACUCCUUGAGAAGUAGGGUUGGACAGCAUUUCUAUGGGUUUAAUUCUGAUGUUCUGCACCAAUGCUGAAAACAAAACUUGAAAUAUUUCAAAAUUCAGAAAUUAGAGUGUGUGGUGAGAUGGAACGACAUGCACAUUAUCAUUAGCACCAAGAACUAGCAGCACUCGAUACUCAGUCCUUCUGUAAAAGACCGCAUAUGAUGUGUGUCUGCAAUCACCCCGUCUGCUGUGUACUGCUUAGAGUGCUGUGUUAACAGACUGGUACCAUUGUUCAUACUGUAUUUGUCAUUAGAUACCUCCAUUGUGCAAUAGAUAUGUUUCUUUUAUUGUUGUUUUAUGUAUAGUCUGAAAGAAGUCUAAUUUUUUUAUAUGUUGUGUAUGUUUUUAAUAUAAUUAUUUAUGUAUCCACAGCCAGCCACUCUUCUGACCUGAUUUUCUUCCAAGCAUCAAAAGCCUUUUAUCGCAAAAUCCUUUUUUUUUAUUUUGAGGAAAAACAAGUAAACACAAUGUUACUUACUAAAUGUUAUUAAAAUAUCAACAGUGUUAGCAGUUCAGAAAUAUCAGCUUAUGAUUGAUGAUAAGUGUCAAAAUUACGGCUUAACAAUUUCUUUGUUUUAAUGUUCAUUUUAUCAGAAUGGUUCAUGUUUUCUUGUAGUGUGAAACCACUGAAUUCUGUCUUUGCUGGCAUGCUGAUGCUUAAUAUUAAGCAGGCAAAAUGAAUUCAUUGUGUCAUUCGUCAUUUAUUUGAUUUCUUUUCUAACUCUUGUUGUUGUUGCUCUCUCUGCUAUCGACAAAUUAUUCAGCGCUGUUUUUAUAAAAAUGCAUACAGUGCGUGUACGGUCUCUGUAGUAUCAUGUCUGGUAUAUGUGUCCUAACAGCAUAAACAAACGAACCAGUGAAUUUUAGAGGAAAACAUUUGGAACAACGGAUAGAGAACAGAGGUUUACCUAGAAAAGUGAGGAUCUAUAUGGUCUCUAUAUGGUCUGUACUGUUUACUAGAAUAAACAUUUCCAUUAAUGAAUGCA